GUGAGACUCUCAUCAUGAUAGAUCUGAUAACUCUCGACAAUUCAACGCACAACUAGGAUGCAUCAGGCUUUACUUGUCCCCGAAAUUCUCCUGUAUAUCUUUGCGCAUGUGAAACAAAUCGGGGAACCAUCAUAUGCCCAGAAACCGUUGUCUCGACAAUCACUUGCAGCGCUCGCAACCACAUGCAAAAUCUUCUACGAGCCUGCAAUGGAUUUUCUUUGGGCUGACAUGAAUAUGUUACUACCACUGCUAGGCUGUGUAACGAGGUUACAUCCGAUGAUAUACCCCAGUGCUCAGCAAUCCUGGUCUCUGGACAUCGAACCAUUAUCUGAGCUCGAGCGCGGUCAAUUUCUCCGUCAUUCCGGCCGUGUGCGCUCCCUGAGCGUAUCAUCCGACGACGAUUUUCACCUCCUUUAUGCUUUACCCUUCGACACAUGUGUGUUCCCAAACCUGCUUUCAUUGUCCUGGGUGGUUAUUUCCACAAGAUACUUGCGCUUCUUCCUAUCACCUACGCUGCGUACUUGUUAUAUCGCAAUAGUUCAACCAGAGCUAGGUCGGAAUUCUAUCGGGACCCGUUGUCCUGCUCUGGAAGGUUUGGAUAUCGACACAAUGGGUGUUAUGGCACAGGCUUCACAUCUCUCUGAAACUGUCUGUUCAUGCAAGGCGCUCGUACGUCUGCAAUGUCCACCGCUGGACUCGGCAGCAUGGAAGCACCUCUCCACUGUCCUUACCCUUCUCAGCCUGUCGAUAUAUCAAGAAAGCUUUUCAAAUCCCCCGUCCAAAUUGGACACGCACAAUCUCAGUUUUGUAUCUUUCCUCAACGUUACAUCUCUUCAUUUCUGUUAUGCACCAAUUGCGGACAUCACCGCAGUCAUACAGCAUUCAGAAUUCCCCUCGCUAAAAGAAUUCGAGUUGGUCGCCUCCAUUUUACCUGGGGAAGAACUCUUGCCGCUUUUACAAGCACUAUCACAGUGCAAAGCCUGCCAUACCCUUGAAAAAAUCGACAUUUCCGAUGAUGAUCCAAAAGCUGAGGAGCCCACAGACAACUCAUUUGCAGUGACUAGGGUGCUUCUUUGUUUCACGCAGCUGCGAGCCCUCAGUCUUUGUGUUAGUUGCUCCAUCAACCCUGACAAUGCCCUUCUCGUGGAAGCCUUCUCAAGUUGGCCACAGCUCUGCAGUCUGUCGUUUCCCGACCUGCAUCAUCGACCACCUAAAGUCACCUUCCUCGGAUUAUUCGAAGCGCUUCGUCAGUGUCCCCAUGUGCAUAGCCUGCUUCUAGAUGUAGAUGUUAUAAACAUUGAUAUCGAUCCUAAAGUCGAAUCAUUUCAACACACCUCCUUGAAAAGAAUGGGCAUAUACCCCUCUCCGGCAGCGGAUCCCGAAGCUGUCGCUCGCAUCAUUUUCGCCAUGCUCCCCAACGUUCACCUUGCGGACACAUGGGGCGACGUCAACACGCAUCUCAAAUCUCUCAGAGCUUCUUCCAGCCUGCAAGGUGAAGACGGUGACUGACACGAGUGAAGAGGCAUCAAAAGAGCAAACAAAGCGACGAUAUCAUUAAAUCGGCUGACCGUGGUGAGGGCUGUCUUAUGUAGUUCCGAUGAUGCCCACCGGGACAACUUCGAUUUCAUUCCUAUUGGCCGUCGAUUCUCAUUGCACGUAUCACCAAAGACCGUUGUUUAACACAUCCUGUAGUCUCAAACAUUCCCUUUGCGAGGUUUUGCGGUGCUCUAUCAUACAACGCAGAUUGUCAGACAAGCUCUGGAUAAAGGAUAAUGUAGUGUCAACUGUAGCCUGAGCUACGCCAUUAUUCACAAG